UACAAAGCAAACUACACAUCAUCUCAUAUCUCAAACACAUACUAACUUCCCACCUUUCCUCUCUACUUCAAGUCCACAAAUGUCUACUGUCCAUGCUCCCACUUCUCAAAUACCUACAAAUACCCAACAACCCCACUCUACAAUGAAACCUACACAUCAUCUUACAUCUAAAACACCUUCAAAUAUCCAAAAAUCCCUAUUUACAAAGCAACCUACACAUCAUCCCAUAUCUUAAACACAUACAAACUUCCCACCUUUCCUCUCUACUUCAAGUCCACAAAUGUCUACUGUCCAUGCUCCCACUUCUCAAAUACCUACAAAUACCCAAGAACCCCACUCUACAAGGAAACCUACACAUCAUCUUACAUCUAACACACCUUCAAAUAUCCAACUUCCACAACCUACAAGGCAACCGAAACAUCAUCCCAUAUCUCAAACAUUUACAAAUUUCCCACCUUUACUCUCUACUCCAAGUCCACAAAUGUCUACAAUUCAUGCUCCCACAUCUCAAAUACCUACAAAUAUCCAAUCUCCCCACUCUACUCCUAGUCCACCACAUCUUUCUAAUACACAUAGACCAUAUGAUGUUGUAUCUGGUGGUGAUCCACAUGCAUCAUCAUCAUCACGUGAUGAUUCGUAUCCGAUAGCUGGGAGUACAGAUCCUACUGAUAGGCGUAUAUGGAUCCGUCCGGGACCACAGUUAACGUUUGAGCCUGCUGUUAAGCCCCCACGUGACAUUACAAAGAUUAUGAAACGUUUGUUUCAAGGGACUUGGGCAACUUAUGGAGAGUUAAUGAAAAAUGACACGGCUCUUGCGGACUUGUGGUAUAACGAGUUUCAGAGGAUAUAUAAGUGGCUUCCUGAGCAUGAUCAAGACAUAAAGAAGACUUAUCAUCAUAAGGCAUCUGAUGGGUACCAAAAUACAAUGUAUCGGGUACGAAGAGGAAUGGACAAAGGCGAAUGGAUCCCUGCUCUAUUGCGUGAAAAAUUGGAACAAAAUUGGGAAGAUAGUAAAUGGAAGGACAAAGCAGCAGUUAAUAAGCGAAAUAGAAGAUCCUCUAAUGGUCCAUUGCACACUUGUGGGUCAAUUCCAACAAUUGAACAUUCUAAAAGAUUAAAAACUGACUCAAACAUGACUCCAAGUUGUUGGGAAGUGUAUCUAAAGACACACAAAAUGAAAGGUGAUCCAUCAAAGUGGGUAUCCUCCAAAUCUCAAAUGGUUGCGGAUGAAUAUGAAAGACGGAUUUUUGAAAGGAACUCACAACAAACAGAGGGGGAUGAUGUGUCUAAUGACCAUCAGUCAGACAACUUCAUCUUCUUGGACGUAGUUGGAGGAGUCGACAAGAAAGGACGUAUUUAUGGUUUGGGGACAGAGGCAGGAAAAUACAAGCCUUCUUCAUCCAGGUCAUCUGAUGGCAUCUCACCAUCUGAAUAUGAGCAUAUGAGGACUGCAAUAUCUAAAAUGUCAGCUGAAAACAUGGAACUCAAGGAGCGGUUGAAGACUAACGAGGAAUUGAUUCGUGCAUCACAGGAGGAGUCACAUUUAGCUCGAGAGCAGGCACAACAGUCACAGGAGGAUUCACGAUUGCUCCGAGAGCAGUUCCAGAAAUUAAUGGAGUCUUUUACACAAGGCCAUUCGCAUCUACCUCCUUAUCAACCUCAUCGUUCGAGUUAGGAUUAACAUCUGUGUCCACCUACUUGAUUAUUUAUCAUAUUAUUUUGAAAAUUUGAUUAUAACUUUUAGUUUAAAGUAAAUGUUCUAAUACUAUUUAGUAAUUAUUUCAAUAUAUUUUGAUGCAAAA